UACGAAUCCAUGUGAAGCAGUGGGCUUACCACUAGUUAACUAGUAAAGCAAGAUGAUAAAUGCAAAGCCUCUUUCAUUCAUGAUUCUCUUUGUCACCACUAUCCACAGACUCCUGUUGAAUCUUGUCAACACACACCCGCAUUCUUCACGCAGAGAGCAUUUUGUGGAAGGAAAUGAUAACAAAGAUCAUGAACAUCCAUAGACGAAGCAGAAGAGCAGAAGAAGAGACGACGACGACGACGAAGAAGAAGAAGAGGAAGAGGAAGAUCGGAGCUACUUCAUUCGUCCCUCUAAAUGGUGGUACGUAGUGUGGAAGCAUUUCAUUCUGAUAUGGGCGGUGUACUCUUCCUUCUUCACUCCCAUGGAGUUCGGCUUCUUCAGAGGCUUGCCCGAGGAGAUCUUCCUCCUGGACAUUGCCGGCCAAUUUGCUUUCCUCGUCGAUAUCGUCAUCCGAUUUUUCCUCACUUACCGUGAUACCUCCUCCUCCAAUUCCUGGGUCUUCGAUCACCGUAAAAUCGCGAAGAGGUACUUGAAGUCACGGUUCACGCCCGAUUUUCUGAGUUGUUUGCCCUGGGAUUAUAUUUACAAGGCUGCUGGCAGGAAAGAGCCAGUGAGGUAUCUUCUAUGGAUCAGGCUAUGGCGAGCAUUUAGAGUGACUGAAUUUUUUGAGAAGCUGGAGAAAGAUAUGAGGAUCAAUUACCGCUGUACUAGAAUUGUGAAACUUCUUGUUGUUGAACUCUAUUGCACACAUACGGCUGCCUGCAUCUUCUACUAUCUUGCUACCACUUUGCCCCCUUCUAAGGAAGGUUAUACAUGGAUAGGCAGCUUGAAGAUGGGUGACUACAGCUAUUCGGACUUCAGACAUAUUAGUCUUUGGAGGCGUUAUGUGACAUCACUCUACUUUGCAAUAGUUACCAUGGUAACUGUUGGCUUUGGAGAAAUUCAUGCAGUCAAUGUCAGGGAAAUGAUAUUUGUCAUGAUAUUUGUUUCCUCUGACAUGAUUCUGGCUGCUUAUCUUUUUGGUAACAUGACAGCAUUGGUCGUGAAAGGAUCAAGAACAGAGAAGUUUAGGGACAAAAUGUCUGAACUUAUCAAGUACAUGAAUAAAAGAAAAUUGGAUAAGCAGAUAACUAAGGAGAUUGGAGGCCAUUUGCGCUUACAAUAUGACCGCAGAGACACUGAGGCCGCUAUUGAUGAAGAUGUUCCAGUUUCUAUCCGCACAAAGAUUUCAAUGGAUUUGUAUGAGCAAUUCAUUCAGAAAGUUCAUCUUUUCAAGGGAUGUUCUUCUGGGUUCAUUAAACAUGUUGCAAUCAAUGUCCAUGAGGAGUUUUUCCUCCCAGGAGAAGUUAUUAUGGAGAAAGGAGAUUUAGUAGAUCAACUUUACCUUGUAUGCCAUGGUGAGCUGGAAGAGCUAAGAAUGGAAGAUGAUGAACGAGAAGAGCUGGUUAAGCAAGAUCAAACCUACAGUUCCUUUGGCGAGGUUUCCUUUCUUUGCAAUUUGCCUCAAACUUACAUGGUUCGCGCUCGUGAAUUUUGCAAAGUUCUGCGCCUAGAUAAGCUAUCCUUUACAGAAAUAUUCAAAACAUACUUCCUAGAUGGCCGGGUUAUCUUGCAAAAUCUUCUUGAGGGAAAAGACUGUGCUCUUCAGCAUGAGAUUUUGGAAUCAGGCUUCACCUUGACAAUUGGAAAUCGUGAAACAGAACUGGCUGUGAGGAUUAAUUGUGCUGCCUAUGAGGGGGAUUUCUAUCUUUUGAAACAUUGGAUUGAAUCAGGACUAGAUCCCAACAAAACUGAUUAUGAUGGAAGAUCACCUUUGCAUAUUUCUGCAUCUAAAGGAUAUGUAGAUAUUGCUUGCUUUCUUGUUGACAAAGGAGUGAAUAUUGAUUUAUCAGAUAAGUUUGGGAAUACUCCAUUGUUUGAAGCCAUAAAGAAUGGACAUGAAGAAGUAGCUUCUUUACUUGUAAAUAAGGGGGCUAUUCUUACCAUUGAAGAUGCUGGAAGUUUUCUAUGCAUGACUGCUGCAACGAAGGAACUGGACCUUUUAAGAAAGCUUUUAGCCCAUGGUAUAGAUCCAAAUUCUAGAAAUUACGAUCAACGAACAGCUCUUCAUAUAGCUGCCUCGGAGGGUUUGUUCACCGUUGCUGAAACGCUCAUAGAAGCAGGAGCAAGUGUUUUAUCAACGGACAGGUGGGGAUAUACGCCACUUGAUGAUGCUCGCAUAGGUGGAAAUAGGAACAUGAUCAAAUUGCUUGAAGUAGCAAAAAUUUCUCAGCUUUCUGAGAUAUCAGAUAGUAUUCAGGAAACACAAGGUAAGCAUUCUGACAUUGCUACUUGGACUAAGAUAGCAGAAACACAUCUUUCACCAUCAAGAGAUGGAAGUCCGAAAAAGAAAUGCACUGUAUUUCCUUUCCACCCAUGGGAUCUCAAAGAGGAUGGAAGAGAAAGAGCUGUCCUUUGGGUUCCUGGCAGCAUUGAAGAGCUAAUAAAGAUGGCAAGAGAACAAUUAAAAUUUCCCAAAGGUUCCCGCAUUUUAUCUCAGCAUGGUGGUAGAAUUCUUGAUGUUGACAUGAUUAACAAUGAUGAGCAGCUAUUUCUAACAAGUGAACCUCACAUUGAGGAGCAAGGAAUUGAAGACUGUUGUGGUCAUCCAUCCAAAUGAGCAGCGGCAACAAUGAAGACAAGUGACAUACCUUUCUGCUAAGAUGCCAGAAUUGAAUUUUUUUUUUUUUUGGGGGGGGGGGGGGAAUAAAAACCAUGUGGGAGAUUUAUUCACAUGAUAGAUUCUGUAGUGUUGAAAUGUUGAUAUUAUUUAUUGGUGUAUCGCAUGCAUGGUAGUAUUAUUCAAGCAUUUGUUAUAGUUUAUUAUCCUUGUUCUCAAAUCUCAAGUGAAGAAGGAAACAAAUUAAAGCUGGAAAUAUUCUUUUGCAGCUUCCAGGGCUUUCAAAGAAGAUGGAUUCACAAUGGUUUGUUUUCUUUUGCAGCUAUGGCUUAAAAGAGGGUGUGGAUCUUCAAUAUUGUUUUGAAUGAAUUGGUUAAUAAUGUUUU